AUGGGUGCAGCGAUAUCUUUGCCACUAAUUCCUAUAUCAUCGCUAGCUUCAUGUUGUGGAGCUGCCGCGUGUUCAGCAUUGUGUACUUCAAUAGGAGGUACAUUUCAAUCUUCAAUAAUGACAAGAAUUUCCUAUGCAUUUAUUUUGUUACUUAACUCAUUAUUUUCAUGGGUAGCUUUGUCUCCAUUUAUAGUCCAUAAACUAGAGAAGGCAUCAUUUGGGUUUAUAAAUAAUAAAUGUGGUCCAGAUGGGGGUGAAUGUAUUAGUUUUACGUCCGUUUACCGUAUUAACUUUGCUUUGGGAAUACUUCAUCUUAUAUUAGCGGGCUUACUUGUGAAUGUUAAGUCUACUUCCAAUCCUAGAGCAGUUAUACAAAACGGAUGCUGGAAGAUGAAAAUAUUUGCCUGGCUAAGCUUGAUAACGGUAAACUUCUUAUUGAUUCCUGAUAACUUCUUCAUAUUUUAUGGUAACAAUAUCGCUAUUAUCUUUUCGACUAUUUUUCUUGGUAUCGGAUUAAUUUUAUUAGUUGAUUUUGCUCACGCUUGGGCGGAAACUUGUUUAGAGAAAAUAGAAAUGGAAGAUUUAACAGGGGAAGGCGAAUAUAACGCAGGGUUUUGGAAGAAAUUGUUAAUUGGUGGUACGUUGACAAUGUACAUAUCCAGUAUCAUUUUGACUGUCAUCAUGUAUUGGUUUUUUGCAGGUAGUGGCUGUAACAUGAACAGGACUGCAAUUACUUUGAAUGUAAUCUUUGGAAUUAUAAUUUCUAUAAUGUCUGUAAAUCAAACCAUUCAAGAGUCUAAUCCGCAUGCUGGCUUGGCACAAUCAUCGAUGGUUGUCAUAUACUGUACCUACUUGGUAAUGAGUGCAGUGUCUUCAGAGCCAGAUGACAAAUACUGCAACCCUCUAAUUAGAUCUAAGGGUACAAGGACGGCAAGUGUCGUCUUAGGUGCGUUUUUUACAUUUAUUGCCGUUGCAUACACUACAACUAGAGCAGCAGCCAACUCAGCGUUUAUUGAUUUCGAUACUGCUAUCGAUACCACUGAUGGAUACAUAAGCUCGCAGCCUAAUGUUCGUAAUGAAAUGAGAUACCAAGCCAUAAAGCAAGCUGUUGACGAAGGCCUGUUACCUGAAAGUGCCUUGAAUCAAAUGAAUUUGUAUGACGAUGAACUGAACGCUGAAAAUGGCAACGACGAAGAAAGAAACACAGUAAAAUAUAAUUAUGCAUUGUUCCAUGUAAUUUUCUUCUUAGCUACGCAAUAUGUGGCUACGUUAUUAACUAUAAAUGUUCAACAGGAUGAUUUGGGUGACUUUGUUCCAGUUGGCAGAACUUACUUUUCUAGCUGGGUUAAAAUCGUGAGUUCUUGGGUCUGUUUUAUAUUGUAUGGAUGGAGUCUUAUUGCACCAGUAUUAUGGCCGGAUAGAUUUAGCGUCCAUUUGUGA